AUGGAGUCUGCAAUUUCCUCUGAAUCUGGCCAGGCCUGCUUUAGCGAGCGCCGCUUCCACCCUGCUUUGCGCGGCGGCUGUCACGGACCCGGGCCUUCCUGUCCACUGGAGGAGAGGACAGCGGCGCACCAGCUGAAUGCUGUGACGGAGGACAUGUGCUCCAAUGGGUCUGCUGCCCCAGACAGCCCUGCCACGAGGCAGGAGAUGCGGAAAGUGCGCGUCAUACAGUUUGAGAAGGUCACCGAGGAGCCCAUGGGAAUCACUCUGAAGCUGAAUGAAAAACAGUCCUGCACGGUGGCCAGGAUCCUGCAUGGAGGCAUGAUUCACAGACAAGGUUCACUUCACGUGGGGGAUGAAAUCCUAGAGAUCAAUGGUACAAAUGUGACAAAUCACUCAGUUGAUCAGCUCCAGAAGGCAAUGAAAGAAACGAAAGGAAUAAUCUCAUUGAAAGUGAUUCCCAACCAGCAAAAUCGGCUUCCUGUACUACAGAUGUUCAUGAGAGCGCAGUUUGACUACGAUCCCCAAAAGGACAAUCUGAUCCCUUGCAAGGAAGCGGGACUGAAGUUCGUGACUGGGGACAUCAUCCAGAUCAUCAACAAGGAUGAUAGCAACUGGUGGCAGGGCCGGGUGGAAGGCUCUUCCAAGGAAUCGGCAGGAUUGAUCCCUUCUCCCGAGCUGCAGGAAUGGCGAGUGGCAAGUGUGGCUCAGUCGGCUCCAAGUGAAGCUCCGAGCUGCAGCCCCUUUGGGAAGAAGAAGAAGUACAAAGACAAGUAUCUGGCAAAACACAGUGCAAUUUUUGACCAGUUGGAUGUUGUUUCCUAUGAAGAAGUUGUUCGACUCCCUGCCUUCAAGAGGAAGACGCUGGUGCUGAUAGGAGCCAGUGGGGUAGGUCGCAGCCACAUUAAGAAUGCCCUGCUCAGCCAGCAGCCGGAGAAGUUUGUGUACCCUGCUCCACAUACAACUCGGCCCCCUAAGAAGAAUGAGGAAGACGGGAAGGACUACCACUUCAUCUCGACCGAGGAUAUGACCAAGAGUAUCUCUGCCAAUGAGUUCUUGGAGUUUGGCAGUUACCAGGGCAACAUGUUUGGCACCAAAUUUGAAACGGUGCAUCAGAUUCACAAGCAAGACAAAAUCGCCAUCCUUGACAUUGAGCCCCAGACCCUGAAGGUGGUUCGGACCGCAGAACUCUCGCCUUUCAUUGUGUUCAUUGCACCUACUGACCAGGGCACUCAGACGGAAGCCCUGCAGCAGCUGCAGAAGGACUCCGAAGCCAUCCGCAGCCAGUACGCACACUACUUUGACCUCUCGCUGGUCAACAACGGUGUGAACGAAAUCCUCCAGAAACUGCAAGAAGCCUUUGACCAGGCAUGCAGCUCCCCCCAGUGGGUGCCUGUCUCCUGGGUCUACUAAGCCUGAGCCGCCAGCGUAUCUUCCCACCCUCGCCAGCAGUUUAGAAUGCCCUUUCUCUUGCUCUAAGACAAAUAGCGUCAGUCCAUCUAGCUUUGCGUGUUCGCUUCCAGUUCCCUGCAAUUGCCCUCAUUAGGCCAGUAGGAUUCUGUCGUCUUGUUCAGGUUUCUGCAGAUCUGUUGGAUUUUCCUGAGAUGGGGCCCCUUAUUGGUGUGGAUUCCCUCUGGGCUGGUGGGAGGGGAGCUGUCAGCAGUACUACCAACAAGCGCUCAUGUUGACAAAGCAGGGCCAGACACAGGUCGCCUCUAGCCCUGCACUGCUCCUUCAACUACGCAGGGCACAGCAACUUUCCAAAGUGAGACCUGUGCAGUCGGAUGCUGUCUGCUCUAGGGAAAUUCUCCAAAGCAAUAAAGAUGUGCUGUGAAAACCCA